AUGCAAAUAAUAUUUUAUUUGAAUCAAUCUUAUCAGUUAAUUAUACUAUUUACUCUUCUAAUUCCUUACGCAGUUUUACUUCGUUGUAAAUGCUCGACUAAUAAAGGUGCUGCACCGUGUAAUGGAUAUUACUGUGAUGUCCAUGGUAAGGGAACAAAACGAGCAGCAUGCGGUGCUGUACGAAUAUCAAAACAAACGCAUUUCGCAUGUGUUCUUAUAAAACAAAGCUCAAAUGAUACAUUUUGCCAUGUUGUACGAAGUGCUACAGCAUGUUGGUGUAGAAAUGUCGAUUUUUGUAACGUCGAUCUAGAAAGGGAAUUAUUCGAUGUUGAUGAAGAACACAACGAAGACUAUCAACCCUCAUCCACUGAAUUAUCUGGCGAUGAUAUUUUUGUUAUAAAGGCUAAUCGUUUUGAAAAUUCAAAAAGUAUUGAGAGAAGGAUUAAUAAAAAUCAAGAUUCGAUAAGGAAACCAGACAUAUCAGAAUCAAGAAAUUUCAACAGUUUUUUCACAAAUCUUGGUGAAACAAUUCCUCAGCAACAACGGCCCGAUGCAAAUAAGAACGAAGAACGCAAAUCGGCUAUAAGGAUGGAUUUAAUAGAAACUAUUAAAAUCACUCCAUCGCCGAAGGAAUCUAUUGUUACAUUUGUUGAAGAACAAAUUCACGACGAGUCAACUGAUGAUGAAUAA